AUGUCAGCGAAAAGCUCCCCUCGAUCCAGCCUCAGCUCCGAACUGAGAUCAGGAUCUGGUCUGCCUUCAUCUCAAGCAUCAGAAGCUACCGCCACCGCCGCCUCCGCCGCCCCGCCGCCGCAGCCGGGCAUCUCCUUCAGAAACCACGCACGAAGCCAAAGCCCGCGCCGUCGAUCCAUUCAGUUUCAUGUCAGCGACGCAGAAACACAGCUACCAAGCCGCUCAAACAGCAUAAAGGGCAAGCGACUCCAUUAUGGAGGCAUGCCGACGCGGGACUUGGAUGCAGAAAGAGAAUCGCGCCAUUUGCCAGCAAGCCGCGGACCAUCACCACCGCCACCAAAGACCUAUGAACGAGGUGUCUCCUUCAAUACUUUUGACAAUCGCGAUGCUUCAGAUUUCUCAUUGACGCUCAACUACAAACAUAAAGGAUAUCAGAGUACACGACGAAGCCGGACCUUCCUCUGCGGAACAGAUCAGAAUGACUACUCCGACUUUGCACUGAACUGGCUCGUAGAUGAGUUGGUCGAUGAUGGAGAUGAGAUCGUUUGUCUCCGUGCGGUCGAGAAAGACUCCCGUAUGGCCAGCGAUGCGGGAAUUGAAGAGGGCAAUUACCGUCAAGAAGCAGAGCGACUGUUCGAGCAAGUCAUUCAAAAGAAUAGCCAAAAUGAGAAGGCUAUCAGUUUGGUCUUGGAAUUGGUGGUCGGGAAGGUGGAGGAGAUUAUCCAGAGGAUGGGAGGACAAAAGAUUCGAAUCUAUGAGCCUGUUAUGCUCAUCGUUGGUACUCGAGGUCGAAAUCUUCAGGGUGUUCACAGUCUCCUCCCCGGGUCUGUCUCGAAAUACUGCGUGCAACAUUCUCCCAUCCCGGUCAUUGUUGUUCGGCCGUCCCUCAAGCGCGAAAAGAAGAAGAAGAAGCGCCGCGCGGACCCUGGUCGCCGGAGUUACAACCACCUUCUAAAGUUGAGCGAGAGACGUGGCAUCCGCGUAUUCGACCCCAGACCUGGCACCCAAAAUGGCACUCUCAAGCUCCCUGAUGAGGAGGCUGCAGUGGCCGAGGCGCUGGGAUUGCCUCCGUCAUAUUCUCGCAACAAUUCGCGAAGUUCUCUCUCGGUGUCUGAUCGAAGCAGUCUCAGCACCGACGACUCGGAAGCGUCCCCGCCUGUUCCGUAUUCACUCGAUUCGGUCGUGAUGAGCAGCCCCUUGGGGGGUAGCCCUGCCAGCUCCGAGGAGAAUGUGAUGCACAGCAGACGACGACGCGACGGCCCUCUUCGCCACGGCCUCAACCACGAUCCCGCUCCUCCUCUCCGGAACAAGACUCGUCUGGAGACUCCGAGGCACAAGUCAAAGACGACGGGUCAGUCCACUCGGUCUCAGGCGCGCUACCCACCGACACUGAGACCAAGCUGCCAUCGAUCCCCGUGGUGGAGCUCUCCGAUGAGGCUGGCGAAAAGCGAGAAGUCACCGCUGAUUGAGUAUUGGCUCGAAUAUCUCCUCUACUCAUUCUUACCUCCGCAUCCUCUCCCAUCUUCUUCACAAUCGGAACUGCCGAAAUAA